AUGGCAACCACAACCCAUUUCUAUCUUGUCCUCACUCUUUUUCUUUCUGUUUUAAUUUCUGUUCUGGGUAGUGGCUUUAGUGUUAAUCUAAUUCAUCGUGAUUCUCCUCAAUCUCCAUUCUACAACCCCUUAGAUGCCUUACGUGAGCGAAUGCAAAAGGCUGUUCAUCGUUCAAUCAACCGUGCAAACCACUUAAAGAAAUUGUCAUCAUUAACUUAUUCUGCUAACUACGCGGAUGGUACAAUUAGUACAAGUUCGCGUGUUAUUGGUCUUGAUUACGUAAUGCGUAUUUCCAUAGGAACUCCUCCACGUAAUGUAUUUGUCAUUGCUGAGACCGGUAGUGAUCUUACAUGGGUUCAAUGUCAACCCUGUGAAGUUUGCUAUACACAGAUUUCUCCAGUCUUUAAUCCCAAAACAUCCUCGACUUACAAAGAUGUUCCUUGUGCUUCAGGAACUUGCGAAAGACUUGUUGAGGAACGUAAGGACACUUGUGAAAAUAAUCUUUGUCAGUAUUCUGCCAGUUAUGUAGAUGGUGAUAACAGUACUGGAAACCUUGCAUUUGAAACUCUAACUUGGUCUUGGUGUCUGGUUUCGCAGUUGGGUUCGAAAAUUGAUUCAAAAUUCUCUUACUGCUUAGUUCCUUCUUAUAAUGUUUCAAGUAAGUUCAAUUUCGGUAGUAAUGCUGAAAUGACAGGAAAAGAUGUUCUUAAAACUCCAUUAAUAUCAGAACCAUCAAGAAAAACAUUUUAUUAUCUAAAACUUGAAGGUAUUAGUGUUAGUGAAAACAUGGUUCCGUUCAGAAGUAGCGCAUCCUCAACAACAGAAGACGAUUACAUUAUAAUCGAUUCUGGAACGACUUUCACAUAUCUUCCACAAGAAAUGUAUUCAGAACUUGAAUCAGAAGUUAAGAAAGCGAUCAACGUUGAACCCAUUAUUGGUCCUAAAGGACUCAAUUUAUGUUACCCACUCGACGCAUCCAUGAGAUUUCCGGAUGUAACUGUUCAUUUUACCGGUGCGGAUAUUGAACUUGGGCGGGAGAAUUGUUUUGUUCCUGUUGGGAACAAUGUUGUUUGUUUAGCUUUCGCUCCUUCCGAUUUUGGUGCAUACAUUUAUGGGAGCUUAUCUCAGAUCAAUUUCCUUAUUGAAUAUGCUCUUGAGGAGAAGAAGGUUUCUUUCAAGCCAACUGAUUGCACCAAGCAGGGCUAAUUAAUAUUUCGUUAUUCGGUUGUACGUCACUGCUAGAUAUCUUAUUAUUUUGUUGCUCAAAAGACCAUAAAAUAUUGCUCUUUGAGUACCAACAAGGUUAGUUCAGCUGUUUAUGGAGCAGGCUCUCAUACUCGAGGUAAGAUGUUAGAAUUUCUGUGAUUCCGCGAUAAACUAUAAGCUUGGUGUGAGUAUUUUUGAGUUUUUCUGUGAGGUUUGUAAGUUGUCAUUGUGUGGGUGUUAUUAAUUGCGC